AAAACAAACACAAAAUGGUUUUUUUUGUUAUUUAUCUUGCUAUGUCGAAUGCUCAAUGGUGCUAGUGGCAGUAGUAGUAGCAGUAGCAGUACCUCGACGCGGUGGUCAACGAAGUCCUGCGGCUGUACCCGCCCAUCCCCACCACGCCCCGAGCCAUUGAAGUGCGCCGUUGGCCUGAAGACCCGAUCCGGCACCGGCGUCGUGCUGCCCGUGGAUGCGCGCGUGGCCGUCUCGCUCGACAUGCUGCAUCGGGAGCCGCAGGUCUGGGGCGCGGAUGCCGCGGAGUUUCGGCCGGAGCGGUGGGAGGGGCUGCGCGGGAAUGCGCUCGAAGGCCAGUGCAAUUACUUGCCGUUUCUGACCGAACCCCGACGCUGCCCGUGUAGCGGCUAUGUGAUGCAGCAGGCGAAAGUGUUCCUGGCGGUGCUGGUGCUCGAAGCGGACUUGGAGGUCACGAACGCGGCGACGGUGCGGAAGAGGCUGGGUCCGGUUUCGGAGCCAACGGUGUCGCUGGUGUUCUCGGUGCAGGCGCACCAAGGCAUGGGAAUUUAGGGUUUGUGGACGCAUCGCUAUUCGGAGAGGUUGAGGCUCCUUAGACGUAUGCACAUGUCGAUAGUUCGAAGGAGAUUACAUGGAUCUUACAGGGCCAAGUCUAUAUAUCUGAUAGAUGGGUUUUAUGUACUCUAUAAAAACUCGUGUUAACUCAUACUACUGCUUG